GUUUGUUGCUCCUUGCAUCCUUCUGCGACGGCAACGACCUGGGCCCUGCGCAGUCGGCAAACGCUCAGCGAUCGAUGACUGAGAGCAGUGCGGCAAAACAAGCGAAAACGACACCCUCGGAUGAUCGGCCCAGCAAUGGACAUGCGGACAACAUGAAGGCUAGCAUAUCGGAAGGAGAGAGCGCUACGAAGGAGUCGGGCUCAAAGGCGAACAGUCAGCUAUCGCCAACGCCCAAAUCGGACAGUACUGCCACCGCGGCGCACGCGAGCCCCAAGAAGCGCCGCAAGGUGAAUCAUGGUAAGCGAUCGUUCUUCCGCUCUGCAUGCUGCAGGGAUGGUACUCCAGCGGAACUGCAUAUCAGGGGAAGCGCCGGCGACAUUUGGAAGAGCACGUUGCUGACUCGAUUGCCAUGCUUGCAGCAUGCGUCUACUGCCGACGUUCGCAUAUGACUUGCGAUUCGGUACGACAUGUUGCCCAAUUUCUUGGCCCCACCAUCCCCUUCUUCGUGAAACGUCGUGCAAAACAUUCGUUCCAUGGGGAGGGGGGGAAGAAGGCUUUUCUGCGCAGAUGGCUAGUUGCUGAUAUAUUCUAGGAACGCCCUUGUACACGAUGUAUAAAGC